CUCAUUAUAUACGCAGCUUUAGCAAAAGCCCAGCAGUUAUUACUCGAUCCCCAGGAGAGGGAUUAUAUUCUGAACCAGGUUAAUGCAGCAAAAGAAGAGCUGAGAGCAAAGCGGAAGAAGCAGCUUAAGAAAGAUACUGCUAGCAAACUGAAAUCAUUAGUGACUGAGGGAAAAUUCGACCAAGAACACGAGCAAUCAGAAGAAUUCCAGCAUCAGCUGAAGUUGAAGGUUAAAGAAAUAUUGACAGAACAAGAAUGGAGGAGAAGAAAAAUGGCGAUGAGGAUAUCUGAAGAGGAAGGCCGCUUGAAGAAAGAUGAGGAAGAAACAAAAGAAAUGUGGAAAAGGAAGCGUGAGCAUGAGGAGCAGUGGGAAGGAACUAGAGAAAAGAGGGUGUCCAGUUGGAGAGAUUUCAUGAAGGGAGGAAAGAAGGUUAAGAAAGGAGAAAUUCGGCCUCCAAAGUUGAAAACAGAAGAUCCCAAUAAAUCUUAUGUUCAAAGACCUGUGAAACGAGGUUAAACGCAUGUACUCAGUUUUGUGUCAUUGAUAUUUAAUCGAUUCUCGUCUAAGCUUGAACUGGCAAUGGAAGUGUAAGUUCUCGCUUGUAUCUGUAGAAAACUUAAUUAAUCUGCAGCAAAUUACAUGUACAUAUUGGCGGAGUCCUUGGUAUUCUUUUCUGCACCA